UUACAUUCGCACUUUCUCUGACAUCAAGAAAACGGGAAAAUAAAUUGAAAAACCCUCUCCAUCGCACACCAAGUGCGCGCGAGACGACGAGAGCUCGAGAUUUCUAUGCGGAUGGGGAAGUAUAUGAGGAAAUGCAAAGGAAUUGGUGAAGUUGCAGUAAUGGAGGUCGCUCAGGUUGGUGUGAGGACGAGAGCUCGAACCCUAGCCAUGGCUGCUGCAACUGCGGGCACAGCCAAGAGAAGGAAGAUCGUUGGUUCUGGAGAAUUGCAGUUCUCUUCCUCGUAUCUUCAGCUCCAAAGCCGUCGCCCCCUCGUGGCUACGCCUGACGUUCCAAUUUCGCCGGCCACAUCGGAGAAUUCCAGUCCAGUAACCCCAGCCGAUCGUUGCUCGAGUGCUAGCUCCGAUCACGUUCUGGCGUCUCGGAGCUCAAGCAACGGAUCGACCGAGCUCGUGAAGGAGAGCUUGAGAUCCGUAGAUCUGGAGGAAGAGGUCUUCGAAAUUGAAAACUCCACGUAUUUCGACCUCAGAGAAAGAAGGGAGAUGACUCCGUCAAGCGAACAUUGCGCCGAAUCAGACGACCUGGAGUCAACGGCAAGGCCAAUGGACGCAAAUUCCCGCCAUAGAUCCACGGUGAGGAAAAUGCCAACAGAUGCCGAAAUUGACGAAUUCUUCUCUGCAGCAGAGAAACUCGAGCAGAAACGAUUUGCGGAUAAGUAUAAUUACGAUAUCGUGAAGGACGUUCCCUUGGAGGGUCGUUAUGAGUGGAUUCGCAUAAAGCCAUGAUGAAAAAAUGCAAACAAAAGGGAAAAGAAAAAAAAAAAAGAAGCCAGAGAAAGAAAAGCAAGAAAAUGGAGAAAGGCUUUUUUUAAUUUAAUAUUAUUAAAUUUUAUUUCCUCUUUUUUCCACUUUAGGUUUCCAUAUUGUUAGUUUCUCCUCUCACCCUGUACAGCUCUCUCUCUCUCUCUCUCUCUCUCUCUCUCUUUGUAGGAAGCUCUGCAGUCUGUACGGUAUACGGAGAAGCUUCUGCAAAUCCGUUCGGCGAGAACGGUCUGAAUAAUAUUUUCAUUUUUUUUUCUAUCCCGGAAAUUCGUGUCCCUCUUAUUAGUUUCUGUUUGCUUCUCUGAUUCACUGUGGUCUAGUACGAGCAGUCAGUAGUCUCGUAAAUUUCCUUCUGCUAAAGAUAAAAAAGGAAACAGAAAGAAACUUACUCGAUGUUCGGGGAUGGCAUGUUCAUGACUUAAAACCACGGAAAAGCGUUUUUUUGUUAAUUUUUACUGAUAGUAGUUGGCCUUUUUCAUCUCUUUUUUCUUCCUAUCUCCUUCAGUCCUCUUUUUGUCUUUAUAGUUUUCACGUAACCGUCCCUUUUCACCCCCUAAUAUCUUUCUUCCCCAGUAAAAAAACUGUAGUAGUCAUGGGAAACUGCUUUAUUUUCUUUUCUUUUUCCUUCUCACUUUUUUUUUUUUGGGAAAUAGGUAGAGGGAAUCAAAAUAAAAUAGGGCGAGGGUAUUAUAGGAAAGCAAAGAUGCAGGUACAUGCACUUGGACAUGAGCUUGGACACGUGUCUUGAUUGGGAAGUCGAUCAUUUUAUCUGGUGCAAGUGUGGAAACAGAAGAGGUUAAUAUAUGGAGCAGCUGAGGUGGACGUGGACUACAUGACUAGUCUGGGAAUUGGGAGCCACGUGUAUCGGAACACGCUUUAACUCGUCCAAAGCAAACAUGUAUAGGUGGCGGUGUGCGAGUGCAUGGCCAUACUGUUUUACGUCCAACUCAGCAGGACCACAAGCGCACUAGGAUCUAAAAUAUGGAGGGAGGAGCACGUGGUAUGGGAUGGUGGUGAUGGUCCCCACUUCCAUCACUUUUAUAUUUGCUUUCCGUUUUGCUUCGGAUCUGAUGCCAAUUUAUUUUAAUUAUUUUUCUUUAUUUCAUCAUCUCUGCCUGGGGGAUGAAAACAAGCCAAGCAACCUACCGAAGGAUGCGGGACCCACCAAUCGAGGGAAUGUUGCUUGUAAAGAACGAAAUGUUGGUAUAUGGAGUGGGGUGGGGGUUAUUUGACAUUUUCUGCAUACAACGGCAAUGAUUCAGCAGGGAUCGGUCACGCUGUUUAAACCGUGUAAUAAACCCUGCCGUGCUCAUCAUUCAUUGGUUCAAAAAUUUCACAA